GUUAUUCGACCUUUAGAAAAGAAAAAAAACAUAUCCCUUUCCUCAAGAAAUCUACCGUUUAGGCCUCUCGAUCGAUUUCGCGGAGGAUCCAAAAGCUAAGAAUGGGUGGAGAAGGAGAUUCGAAUAAGCCGCUGACUGCUGGUGAUGUUGGCGAAGGAGAAGGAGGAGCUCUGGUGGCCGUCAACGUCAGAUGCUCUAACGGAUCCAAAUUCAGCGUGAGCACGAGCCUCGAUUCGACGGUGGAAGCCUUCAAAGAGCUGGUGGCGCAGAACAGCGACGUCCCAGCGAAUCAGCAGCGGUUGAUUUACAAAGGUCGCAUCCUCAAGGACGAUCAGACUCUUCUCAGCUACGGUUUGCAGGGUGAUCACACGGUUCAUAUGGUUCGUGGCUUUGCACCAUCUUCAGCACCACCACCACCACCUCCUUCUGCUACUGUUACUCAAGAUAAUACCUCGAAUCUUGGAGAAUCUUUGUUCCCUGGGCUUGGAUUCAACCCUUUGGGCGGUGGGAGCUUAUUCGGAGCACCACCGGAUCUUGAGCAGGCUCAGCAGCAGCUAGCUCAAAACCCUAACAUGGUUAGAGACAUGAUGAACUCCCCAGCCAUCCAGAAUCUUAUGAACAACCCCGAGUUCAUGAGGAGUAUUAUCAUGAGCAACCCUCAGAUGCGUGACCUUGUUGAUCGCAACCCUGAGCUUGGCCACGUGCUUAACGACCCGAGCAUCCUCAGGCAGACUUUGGAAGCUGCGAGGAACCCGGAGCUGAUGCGUGAGAUGAUGCGGAAUACUGAUAGGGCAAUGAGUAAUAUUGAGUCUAUGCCUGAGGGGUUUAACCAUCUGAGGCGUAUGUAUGAGAAUGUUCAGGAACCGCUCAUGAAUGCUACUACUAUGUCCGGGAACGCUGGGAGCAAUGCGGCUUCUAAUCCUUUUGCUGCUCUCCUUGGGAACCAGGGGGUUACUACUACUACUACUACUACACAAGGUAGCGAUGGUUCUACUAAUGCUGAAACGGGGACAGGAAAUGGUAUUCCGAAUGCAAACCCACUUCCUAAUCCUUGGGGUGCUACGGCUGGCCAGACAAAUGCCCCAGGAAGGCCAAAUUCUGGUGGGGAUGCGAGAAGCCCCGGACUUGGUGGUCUUGGUGGUUUAGGAGGACUUGGUAUGCUUGGAGCGGAUUCACCUCUUGGUGCCAUUCCAGAUGCUUCUCAGUUGAACCAGAUGUUGCAAAAUCCAGCCAUGUCCCAGAUGAUGCAAAGCAUGCUUUCCAAUCCACAAUACGUGAACCAGCUUAUCAAUCUCAACCCACAGCUCCGAAGUAUGCUUGAUUCGCAUCCUCAAUUGAGGGAAAUGAUGCAGAACCCAGAUCUCCUCCGUCAAUUUAGCUCCCCGGAGAUGAUGCAGCAAAUGAUGUCUCUACAGCAAUUACUUUCCUCCCAGAAUAGAAAUACGACCAGCCAGGAACCAGGGCAAACUGGUGCUGCUGCCGCAGGAGCAGGAAAUAACGGAGGGAUGGAUUUAUUGAUGAAUCUGUUUGGCAGUCUUGGCGCUGGUGGCCUUAGUGGCACAAACCAACCCAGUGUUCCUCCUGAGGAACGUUUUGCGACUCAAUUGCAGCAGCUACAAGAAAUGGGAUUCCAUGACAGAGCAGAGAACAUAAGGGCUUUGCUUGCAACCAAUGGAAACGUUAACGCUGCUGUAGAACGGCUCUUGGGAAGUAUUGGCCAGUAGCAGCAGCAGGAUACCUGAAACUUGUGGAUAGAAAAGCCGCAUCGAUACGGUAUUGGUGGUCAUCUUCUUUCUCUUCAUCCAUCAUCUCCCCCCCCCAAAACCUUUUUUUAUAUAUUUUGGGUCUUGGUCGUUUUAUCUUUCAGAUUUUUAUUUGAGUUGUUGCAACGCAUACCUCUGUAAGAGCUGGUUUGGGAGCUUGGAAUGGCUACAUUUACGUUACCCUAUAGAUUUUCGUUGUGAUGUGUUCAUC